AUGCCAGAUAACGAAACCUUAAACAAGUCUAGCGAACUGACCACAGUGCCCAAUUUCGGCACCGGGACCACCUAUGAUGGCCCCAACAAAGCCUUAAGCCGCUCUUCCGCCCAAGCUUCAAGUCCCCCUGAAGUGGGAUCAGAUGAUGAUGGUGAUGAUGAUGAGGAGGAGGAGGAGGAUUUUGUACAGAAAUACGGAUCCAUCCAAGUGGUUUACAUCAAGAAACCCAAGCACUCACCAUG